AUGCGCCCCAAGCCGGCGUCUUCGCUCCAGAAGACCUACGAUGACUGCUACCUGAUGUGCUCCACUGCCGUCUACUUUGAAGGCCAGCAAAAUGAAGAGGAAGCCUUGAGAUCUUGGCGCUCCGCCCUGGAAACGAUCUACUAUCACAACGCUUAUCGUGUCCCAUCCAAAUACACUCCCAAAAACGAGACCGAACGUGCCCUUCAAGAGUCCAUCCGCCAGCUCGAGCUUCAAUGCCGCGAGCGGGUCGAUCUCCUGCAGGCCCUCCGCGAAAGCAGAAAGGAUUCCGCCGGUCGAUCGCCUCCUCGAACCACACCGGGCUGGAUUGGUGACGGCACCGUCCCCGCGGUCGGAUAUACCGAUCUCUCCAAACCCCCCACUAUCCCCGGUCGCCCGCCCCCGACCACCACCGUCAGCUCCGACUCUAUUAGGAGCGAUCUUCAACCCAGCGCCGCGGCUUCGUCCCGGCCCAUCCCCAUCCCCGCUCAGCGCACCCAGUCGCAUUCCUCGGGCAAAACGGACUCCCGCACCCCCAGUCCCGAGCGCCGGAAGAUCAUGCCGUUCACCCUGCGUACUAGUGAUUUCAAGAAAUUGGGCAAGAAGAAAGACACCUCCCGACGGAGAGAGCUGCGGCCGGCCGCAGCUUCUCAGGCCGCUGGGCUGGCCUGGGGGAGUAUCUACAACACUCCCUCUUCGCCCGACAAGACCGCCAGCGAUGCUGCUCUCGCGUCCUCCCGCCAGAGCGCCUCCAAUGACCCCAGCUUUCGAAGGGAGCCGGCACCCCUUCGCGCCCAUUCUGGAGAUGGGCAUGUCCCGCGGAAAGCAUCAAAUCCACCAACAGACGAUCCAGAUAGCCGUCGCACCGGACGAAAGCCUCGCGUGUCGGACCAGCCUGUCCGGCGGUCGCCUGCGAAGAAGUCGGCAUCGAGCACUCCUUCGACGACACCGACGGUCUCCGCGUCUCGCACCCCAACUGCGGAGAGUCAGCUGCGGUCGUCUGCUCGUUCGCAGUCCGCCUCCGCAGGACCUGAUGCGAAAGACGCUGUUCGUUCGCAGCCUCCGCCGAAGCCGUCUGUUAAGCCCAAGCCAGUGGCAUUGAGGUCGGCCAAUCCAACUUCAUCUUCCCCUCGACGGUCUGUUGAACCCACGGAGCGCUUAAGCCGGCCACCGACUAAGUCAACAUCGCGUCCCCGCCUCGCCCCUACAUCUUCUACAGAGGAUGCAUUGGUUCCGGGUUUAGAUCGUAUGGCGUUAUCGGGCAACAGUCCGGUCCGACCAACACCACAGCUCAAGCGGACCAUAACGCCACCGUCGAGUGAUCCGGAAUCGCUGGGCCCUAAGUCUACCGAGCCAGACGAAGAAGAUGCAAAGGAAGAUGAGGGCGAUAUGUAUUUGGACAUUCUGAACAGGCUUCCCAAGGGGGUAGACGUCACUGCUGCUCGACAGAUCCUGAACGAUAUAGUAGUCCGUGGCGACGAAGUUCAUUGGGACGAUAUAGCAGGUCUAGAUGGAGCGAAAAAGGCGCUUAAAGAAGCCGUGGUCUACCCAUUCCUCCGGCCUGAUCUCUUUUCCGGUCUACGGGAGCCUGCCCGCGGCAUGCUUCUAUUUGGGCCUCCAGGCACAGGCAAGACUAUGUUGGCACGCGCAGUCGCUACGGAAUCUAAGUCGACCUUCUUCUCCGUCUCCGCAUCGACCCUGACUUCCAAAUGGCAUGGUGAGAGCGAGAAGCUCGUACGUGCUCUAUUCGGACUCGCCAAGGCCCUCGCUCCAUCCAUCAUCUUCGUCGACGAGAUCGACUCGUUGCUCUCCGCCCGCUCAUCAGGAACCGAGAACGAAGCCUCCCGGCGAUCGAAGACGGAAUUUCUCAUCCAAUGGUCUGACCUGCAGCGUGCAGCAGCUGGUCGCGAGCAGAAGGACAAGAAAAUCGGCGACGCCAGCCGCGUGCUCGUCCUCGCGGCCACAAACAUGCCUUGGGAUAUUGACGAAGCUGCGCGUCGUCGAUUCGUGCGUCGACAAUACAUCCCUCUCCCGGAGCACAACGUUCGCGAACAACAACUACGGAAACUGCUCAGUCACCAAGUCCAUGAACUUUCCGACGAGGAUAUCGAAGUUCUGGUUCAAGUCACGGAAGGCUUCUCAGGCUCCGACAUGACUGCCCUCGCCAAAGACGCAGCCAUGGGUCCUCUCCGUAACCUAGGCGAAGCGCUCCUGCACACCCCUAUGGACCAGAUCCGGCCAAUACGGUUUCAGGACUUCCAGGCGAGCUUACUUUCUAUCCGUCCUAGUCCUUUGUAUCACGGCUAUAUUUUGCUCCUCAUUUUGUCUGGCGUAACCGGCUGCGAUGGGAUACAUGGUGUGCCAGGACAGGGAACCAAGUAUCAAAGAGGGGAGAGAGGAAGGGGGGAUGUAACAUCAAUUCCCAUUAUAACAUCACCACUCAACUUCUUAUAA